AUGGCUUUACAAGUUGCUAGAUUACUUGCUUCAUUUAUGUAUGUUUUAGAAGCUGUAGCACAGGCAGCAAGGUACAUGAACACCUCUCCAUGUCCUGAUGAGCUUGUUACAAGAAGCUGCUCAAGAAUUGGUGUGAACUCAGUAAACAUAAAUCACAUCAUGAAGUCAGCAUCUGUGCGUCCAGCUACAGGGGUCGGGCAAACUUUCUCUUCCAAGAUGACCACCAGUGGCAAACCUUCAAUUGAACCACAGAUCAAAGCGUAA